ACCACAGCUGACAGCGCGACUUAGCUUUGUGUGGAUUUUCGUUUACAAAUUCUCGUCUACUCGGCAAUUUUAAUGGUUUCAGAGGUACCUAAAAAUCUGCACGAAAAGCCUUAACUGCUCGUCAUGUCAUGUGAAGUCAAAUUACUGGGCCACAUCCCGGAUUUAAAGAAAGUUCAAUCCCUGCUCGGAUUUUCGCAAGAUGAAAAUUGGCUAAAUGCGAUCUACUACUCCCUGUCCCCGACCGGCGAAACCAUCGCAUUUGGACAUGGAGCAAAGCUGGUGAUAAUGAGCUCGCACUGGUCCAAUCGGAACAGCCAGUCGACGUAUUCGAUUUCUUGGCAUGGCGAACUGGAGAAUCCCAACGAUAUCAUAACCGCCUUAACAUGUCUACCGAUAUACGGUGCUAACGUGAGUACGGGCGCGGAGUGGACCUGCCUAGCCGUGGGACUAGCGUCGGGGAUGGUCAUGUUCUACGCAGACUCUGGGGUGCAGUUGUUCUCGCAGAUUUUCCAUAACGAACCCGUUCAGACGAUCAAAGCCCAGUCCGAGAAGAAGUUCGCAGAAGAACUACAUGUUGGCUACCUAUCCUGCCUGUGUAUCCUGCAAGGAACGCAUAUUUUUCACAUCCUCAAAGGACUGAAGCACAGCAUGAGCAAAACGGUCACGUCCAUUUCCAGCAAGACGAACAUUUCACAUUUUCCAGACCGGAUGCAGUGUCGAAAGUGGGAAUAUCGCGGCAAGAACAUCACCAUAAACGACUCGGCCGUAGUAGGGGGUCAACGGGUGGGCACCUUCGAUUUUUUGCUCCAGCAGAGCUUGGAGGGGGGAUUCUAUACAAAAUGCCGGAGUUCUCCCCCUGAAAGUUCUUUAAUCCUUGGCGUGGGCGCGAAACCGUACAUAGGAUUCUAUUACGCCAAAGAAGGCUUCGUCCAGGCGGGUCUCGGUGAAAUGGCAAAGGCAGUUGCGAGUAACGUUAUGUCGUCAGUCUCGGGUUGGCUUUUCAAGUCACAAACACAACCUGCACAGGAGCAAACUCAAACCAUUACUCCGGGCGAGCCGAUGCACUGCCGUUUCGGACUUUGUGAUAUACAACGCCAAGGACUCAACGUAUGGUUGGCGCCUGGUCAUGAUCUCGCCGUUGUCUGCGAUAAUCUGAGCCGAGUUAUCCUAGUCGACUGCAAUCGGGGUAUCGCCCUGCGCACUUGGAAGGGCUACCGCGAGCCCCAAUGCGGAUUCAUCAAAGUCACCGAGAAGAAACCGAGACAAGACCGCAGCGAGCGCCGAAAAGUAUUAUUCUUGGUGAUCUUCGCACCCCGACGAUCUUGCCUGGAAAUUUGGCCUCUCCAGCGUGGCCCGAAAAUAGCCGCGUUCAAUGUGAACAAAAACGGCCAAUUGAUCUACAACUCGUACGGCUUAAUGGGUGUGAUUCCGGGAGCGAAAACAGCAACAAACAUACAUCCCUGCAUGUUCUUCGAUCCUUCCGACGACUCCCUGAAGGAAAUCAUCGUUCCCUUCCACUGCGCACUGAGCGACGGCAACUCGAAAACUGCCAAGGACCUUCACCUUCUGCGCCGUAUCAAAAUGUGCUUACGCAGCUGCGAAGUAAGUCUCGACGGCAUCAUUGCAGAAGUCGACUCCUCGUGCUCCAGUUUCCAGACCGAUGAGAUCCGGCUGCAGUGCCUGGAAAUGCUUGCCUCAAACAAACGUAUCAAACCGCUCAUAUUCAAAAAAGCAAUCGACGUGUUCCUCUCGCAACAGCAGUCGGAAGGCCACGCGAAACUGCGCCGGCAAAGCAGCGAGUCGGAGAUGUCCAGCAAAUCGCUGCCUGUUCUUCUAGAAAAUUAUCGAAAAUUAGUUGACUUUUACAUCGUAAUAACAGACGAGACAAAACCACGGGACCUGAAUACUUCAGCUUCUAGUGAUGACAGCCUCUCUUUGAUCCUGACUGAGUUGGAGACUAUCCAGAAACUGCUAGACCUCAAGCAGGACCAGGCGACCGCACCAACAAACAAUCGAGUCACAUUCGAGCAACAGGUCCACGAGGAGGAUUUCGUCACGUUUCUGGCUUUGUUCAACGUAGAAACAUAUGAGAUUCGCUUGAAGACUGAACAAACGAUUCACUACGGAGGAGUUGGGUAUAGAUUGUUUGGAAAGUUUCUGGAGAAGGGACACUGUGUGCAUGGAUUUGUAGAAUGUGCCAGCGAUAGUACAAUUCGAAGUGAGGAUUUCUUCAAGUUGGUGUUGCACUAUUGGUUAGAGCGGCCGUUUUCGUAUAGUAAAAUUGAAGACGUAAUCGAAGAUAUGACACGAUUAGCUUCGAUCAUAAGACAAAUCUGUGAUUUAGCCGGCGAUGCAAUUGUCUAUGAAUACAAUGAAGUCUGCAUGUGGUGGCAAAUUAUGCGAGAGAUUAUGUUGGAAAGCAAAUCGGCAGCACAGAGUCUGUUGGCUGCGAUUGUUUGUAGACAUGUUUCAAAUAGGAUAAGCAAACGGGAGAGUUCCCAGGAAGAUAAUAUAACCGACGAAACUGAAACUUGGGAACAAGUUACGCAUGAAGCCGCUCAAUGGUCCUUACUUAUAGGAAAAUUAGAUGACAUAUCGAUACUUGGUGCUGUACUGAGCUCCCCUCAAACAAGUUGUGAUCCAGAAAUGCCAAAACUACCAUACGAUCGCCCCGAUUGCAGUCUCUACGCUAUAUUCACGGGCGGCAAAGGAAUUGUAGCGGAACUAGUCGCAAAAUGGCUCACUCACUCUGAAUUGCAUCCAAAAAAAAUCCUAGAAAACUAUGAAAAUACAAAUAACGACAUUGUGGUGAAAAAUCUACAUCUCCUGCGAGAACAUUUCCCGUUUAGCUUGCAGUCGGGGGUGUUGCUAUGCCACAUGACGUGGGACUACUUCUGCCACUGGAGUAAUAACCUACCAAGUUUGGAAUACCUAAGGGCUGGAAUCAAAUGCUUGGAACAAUUUCAAAUCGAUGACUUAGCAUUGAAACAUGGCCUAUGUUGCAUGAUCUGGAAUGCUCACUUGAAAAUACCUUUGGAGGCAACCAAAAAGUUAAUUCACAAAGCAGGACGUUUGCCUAAAGAGCGACUAUGCCAGCAAGACAUUGGGGUUUCAGACGCUCUCAUACCAGAACUUUUGGAGGAGACACUCCGGUUUUUCGAACAUUUUCUGUCGAGUUUAGAACAUAAAUCACGUGAACUGGUUUUUGAGGAGUUGCUAAUAGACGGACAGAUUCCAUUGCCUCAUCUAUCACUGCAGCAAAAUCAUGGCAUAAAGAUGAUAUUACAAUUACAUAUCGAGCUCUGCAAGGUGCUACAUUUAAUCGCUUUGUUUUCGCUUAAAAUUCCCAAGCCAAUGCAACUACUGUUCGACGCGAUGUCAAAUCAAACCUUUUUCGUCGAGAUCAAUAGAGAGUUGAAUUACACACUGCCUCCGCCUGAUAUGAUUUUGCAGAAGCAUCGCUUGGAGUUCUUAUGCAAGGCUGUGACUGGAUCGAUGGAUUUCAUUCGGGAAGACUUACAAACUCUCUACGUUCAGGAGCAUGUGUCACAUAUGCAGUUGAUCGAAGAGUUAGCGGAUCUGUGGCAAUUGGAUAAAACGGAGAUUAAAAAACAUGAGAUCGUUGAAUUAUACGCACACGGUUGGGAUAGCUACGCGGAAGAAUUGCUCGAGAAUGUGGCCUGCAGCUACGAGAUGGGCCCGCUGCUUCUAGAAAUUGCCGGGCGCCGACUUAACUUGCAUAUCGGCAAUUCAGGGACACGUUGGUCAGUCAUUGCGUCGGCUGGCGGGUUAGUGACUGAAUAUCUCGACACUCUAAAAACAAAGACGACUGGCAUUCAAAUCACCGAAGAUUCGGAUCGUAUCGAUUUGGAACGUAUUAUAAGUUUAGCGGGUAAAGCAUUCCAGUGUCUUGCUAUGAAGGAUUCUAAGAAAUUACGUAUUGCCGGUCAAAUGUUCGAUGGUCUGCAAAUAUUGAAGGAGUUCGAAGGUCGCUAGACGAAGUAAAAGUUAAAUUCACAACAACUGCACAACAUCCAUCGUUGUCUGUUUACCUGUUAUUUACGAUUAAUAUUUAGGAUUUUAUAUUUUAUUAUUUAUAAUUCUUAGGAUGAAAUGUUACAAAGCUUUGUCGCACGUACACACUCCCACGUAUACUAAUUUGUUAUGUAUUAAAAAAUAAAUAAGGAUUGAAAUAUGGUUUUAACGUAA